UGGAGCCACAGGGGUACUCCCGUCAACUCCUGCUGUUCACGGGCUGAAGCGAAAAUUCAGCCCCAACCAGGCCGGCGACGGACGCCUCCUUGUUCUCUUCGCCGCCGCCGCUGCGUGGGCUAGGCUGACUUGACCAAUCUCGGCCUAUCGAGGCUCUUGCUGCCCCGACCACGGAAGGAGCCUCCUGCAGCGUGGCUCCGGCCUCCGGUCGACCACGAAGCCUCGAUCUGCUCGUCCCUGCAUGAGGAGGUUACUCGUCAUCCUGUUCGCAGCGGCUGCCCUCGCGGUAGCCACCAGCGCGCACGAGCACCAUGGCGAGGCGCCCACCUGCGCUGGAGGCAGCGGGCACGUGCUCGCGGAGUUCCGCCCCGGGGAGGUGACCGUGGACGGGCACAGCGACGACUGGGACAGCGUGGAGGCCUCAGAGUUCGCGCUGCUGCCGGCGCUCGAUCCAGACGAAGAUAAGGCCUACUCCGGCGGCAAGGUCGCUGUAAAGGCUGUGCAUGAUGGUGUCAACGUCUUCUUCUUGCUUCAGGUUUAUGGGGAUUACGCUUACACUAAAGGGGAAAGUAACAAAUGCCCUUCUGUUGCUCUCAUGUUCCAAGUUGGAGAGAAAGCCACAUUUUACAAUAUGGGAGGAUGCAAAGAUAUGCCAGGUUCAUGCACAAGUAAAAGUUGUAGAGGUCAUGAGGUUGACAUUAUGCACUUCUCAAUUGGAAAUGCUAUUCCUGGACGACUUUAUGGUGGCAAUCACAUAGACAAUGCAGCUGGGAAUGGAAACGACAGAUUUGGUCACCUUGUUGAUGUCUAUGCAUGGAAUCCACAUUGCCGAUACCUUGAUGGACUGGGCCCUAAAGAGAACAAUUUAGAUGCUCAAAAUGAUUGGCAUGGGGCUUGGUGGCACAGUUCACUGACCGUCCAUUCAGGCUUUGUUGAUGAUGAUAAUCCUUAUGGAAAACAGGAUGAGAAGGGCACAUAUUAUUUUGAGUUUUCAAGACCCUUAAGAACAAUGGAUCAAUUUCAGCAGGAUGCACAGUUCACAAUAGGACAUCCCAGCAAUAUGGCUGUAGCCUUUUGGUACCCAACUGAUGGCAAAGCAUGGAGCAAGUCCGAUCAUUACUCAGCCAGUUGCAACUGGUUGGUUUUGGAUAUACAACGUUCAUCUGAAGCUGCAUAUUACCGUCCAGCUCCUAAUCGCUCUUGGGAUGCUGCAACUGCCUUUGCUUUACUUCUUUCAGUGGUCGUCGCCGCGCUCGCCGCCGCAGGGGAGAGUGGCGACUCAAACGCGAGGGAUUCCGACCCGGUCACCGACGGCGAGGGGGAGGUCCCAGAGCCCGACGCGAACGAGGCGGUUGAUUUGGGCGACGGGACCGAGGGCUACAGCAGCAGCGACGAGGAGAGCGAUGAUGGCCUCCGCAUCGUGCUGAACGAGGACACCAGCGCGCCACUGCCGCGGCCCCCUGUGGGGCGUGGAGAGGGAUGCGUGGCUGAGGAUGAGGAGGGAGAUGAUACGGACGACCGUGUGAAGGGUUCAUCUGUUAACGAUGGCGGCUGGGCAACGGUUGGUGGGCUCCAGUGCAAGGGACUUAUUGAGAAAACGCCAUUACCUAUCAUGGGGCAAAUCGAUCGAGGUCACCAGCAUGUGUUUCAGCGUGAUUAUAAUUUUUCCUUGCCAAGAAACGGCACAAUUUUCGACAUAGACAUUGAAGCAUUUCAACAGAAGCCUUGGAGACAGCAAGGGGUGGAUCUUACUGACUACUUCAAUUUUAGUCUGGAUGAAGAAGGCUGGAGAAAAUACUGGUGUAGCAUGAAAAAAUUAAGGUUAGGGGCUAGAUCACUUGUAAAUGAAACAUCAGGAUUGGAGCAGGAAUCAUACAAACUGAAAUCUGUCAAAGCAAUGUCCAAGGUAGCAAAUGGUUCUGGAUCUGAAGGAAGAAAUGGCCUUGGCAAGCCAAAAGGUAGAGCAAUCCAUGUUGAAGGCAGUGCAUGUGAACGUGUUCCUUCAGCAGACUUGUGGCGUCCAAUACAAAGGGAUUCAGAUGUUGUGAUUCAAGUAAACAUGACGCUUUCGCCAUCAAAUCAUUCCACUUUGGAUGACAGCUCAAAGUUAAAUCACAAGGGUGUGGCUACUGAAAGGGUGGUUGAUAAGGAAGUUCAUGAUGGAGGUUCCUCAGAGGGUGUUGGGAGCAAACUUGAUAGAAGAGAUUCUUAUUUUGCAAGGGAUCAAUCUCGUAGUCCUGAUUAUUCUGAUAUGCUUUCUGGAGAAUCAAAAGAAAAUCUGUAUUUUAAGAGAUCUGAUAGACAUUCAGAUUUCAGGGACUUCUUUGAAGACACCAAACUUAAGGAUGAGCAUGUCAAAUUUGAUUUUAAUUGCUAUUCAAGUAGGUCAGACAGAGAAGAUAGUGAAAGUUGCAGUCGUGGUUAUACCCCUUCUGCCGAUGAUAGAAAGGUGUCAUCUAAACUUUUGUGGAGGGGUGAAGCUCCUUUCGCUGGACAAGACAAGUCCAGUAAACUUUUCGUUGGUUGCAACAGUGAUCGAGACGUUAAAUCAAGACAUGAAACAAGAAAAGGACAGAGGAGACACAAUUUAGAUGACAGAAGGAAUGCUAUAUUCGUUGAAAAAGAAAAACCAACAGACAGCUAUCCUAGUAGGUAUGAUCGGAAGUAUGAGAAGAGAAGAUCUAGCUCAUCUUCCCUGAGGACUAACUAUCACAAUUCAGUUCGCAAUCAAUCUUAUGAACAACGUUAUUCGCCUCUUGAAAGAAUAGCUCUGAAAAAUGACGAGCAUUACUUUAGCAAUGAGUCUAAUUACCACCGUAGACAAUCUUUGUCAUGUGACAUCAGUGAAGGAGAAGAUGUUGAUGAGUGCUUCUCUUCAGCCAAUGAGUGGCAGCGAGAUCGUGAUCAUAUAUACCAUUCAAUGGUAAAAACUGAUAUGCCUGAUGCUGAUGAUGGACAAAUGUACAGAGAAAGGUAUAGUCAGGAAAAGAGAAGAGCCAUACAUGACCGUAGCAUGGAUGUUGAAUUUUCCCAUUACACUGACUACAGAAUUUGCGAAUGGCAGAGUCCAGUAAGAGGCAGAUACAGAGACAAAGGAAGAUUUGCCAAAAGCAAUGAUUGGCAUUUCAGACAUGCUAACCAUCUUGAGCUGUAUCCUGGCCUCAAUAAUUCUGAGAGGGACAGGCCUGCUACUGGCUUCUCUUCUAUGAGCUCAAGAAGCAGAUGCAUCAAUAACAAAAAAGUCCGCAAUGCUAAGAUGGCACAAAAUGAUUGUCAUGGGUACCAUCAAAAGAACAAGCAGCAUGAUUCAUCAUUUUGUAUUGGCAACUCCCGAUCUGCUUUGCGAACUGAUACUUUUGCUGAAACAGGCCGUUUUGUUCUGCCAAUCAAGAGGAAGCUUCAUUCUGAUCUGGGUUCUGUGGACCAAAAAACUCUUGCUGAUUUGCCACUUCUGAAAGGAAGAAGAUUGAUGCAUGGCCAAUCCAUUGUCAGUGAUAGGAGGAUUUAUGCUUUGAAGCUGCAUAAGUCGACAGAGAAAAUUAAUACAGAAGCCAUUUGUAGUUCCCUUGAUAUGAGAAAUAGUAAUACUGUUUCAAACAUUUGUGUUGGGAGAAGACAUGAGCUGGAUAAUGCUGAUAACAUCCACUUGAAUGAUAGAAAAAUAAAGUUUGAGAGGCAAGGCAAUGAGUUAAGACGUGUUAUUGAGAAUAACCAAAAGGGACAUCAUCCUGUGGAUAGGGAUUUGCACGCUUCCGGACAUAAGCAUGUACAUCAGAAACCGUGGAAACAGAAUAUGGGUCACCAUCACUCGGGCAAUCAGGAUUUGGAUAAAUCAGCAGACCAAAAGUGGCUAAAUGAAGAUGUGGAGGUCGAGGAGGGAGAAUUGAUUGAAGAGGACCAUCAUGACAUCAUUUCUAAAAGCAAGCUUAAGCCAAGAAAUGUUGUACUGAAAUCAGUUAUUGAAACAGGUUCAGCAGAGCAGUUGCAGGUGAAUAAUACAAUGUCGAAAGAUGCUGCUUGCAACAACAGAGCUACAAGAGAAUGUGAUGACAAACACAUUCUUGAGGUAAUGGAAAAGAUGCAAAAAAGGAGGGAAAGGUUCAAAGAGGCUAUUGCACCACAAAAAGAGGAUGGUGACAAGAAAGACCUGUCGUCUUUAGCAUGCAGUACAGAUUAUAUCCAGAAUCAGCGGCCUGCUAGGAAACGGCGGUGGGGUGGCAAUAGUUGGAUGCUGGAAAUGCCUUGAGAGUAUGUCCAUGAUGAUUUCUUCAACAAGGUGUUCCGCUUAUGGUACUCAAAAUCUUGUACUGUUUUGUGUUUAUUUCUGAUGGCUGGGUUAGGGAAACAAAAUAUAGAAAACAUUAGUCACUUGAGGUACUUUUAUAGCAUAGUAUCUUGCAUAGUUUAAGAGUAAAAGGGUUCAACUUCAAAUGUAACGUGUUUGUGUCGGGGGUGCUUUCAAACCACCGGGGAAUGAUUUACUAUCCCCUAAGAUAUAAGAUUUAAAUGAUUUCCUUUCUGCAGGCUGGCAAAUGUUUGUGUGUUUUUGGAUUCAAGAACUUAUCUCUUCAUACA